AUGGCGCUCAACAAGAAAUAUGCCGGCCUGCCAGACCUCGACCAAGCGCCCGACAUCUACGAGACUCCCGACCUGACGGACGAAGCCUCCACUGUUCCGACACAAACAAUCCGCACUGCCUCUGAGGCGGACGAAGAUGACACCAACUCCGAUAUUGACCGACAAGGCGUCAAUGCAGACGAAGCACGCGCCCAAUUCAUGGGGGCUACGGUCGAUGCCCGCGAUGUGAAUUUCUCCGAUAGCAUAGCAGCGAAGCGAAAGUCAUACAAAAGCAAGAACCGCCGCCGACGGAUACGGGAUGACGGUCUGGAGGAAGUGGGGGAUCUGAGUGACAGUGAAGACGAGAGUCUGGAAAGAAAGCUCGCGCGAUUGCGGAGGGAGGUCGAGGAAUUGAAGGACGAAAUGACCGCUCGACAGGAGAAGGUUGAUAUCGAAACUAAGGAAUCAUCCGGGGAAGGACAGGAGAAGCUGGACGACGGCGUGCAGGAACUAAGUCGGGCGUUGGAUAAUCUCUACACUUUAUCUCGCAGCGCGGCAGGACCGCACUCCGCGGCCGCGACCCUAUCCCGGAAGAUCGCGACAGAUGCAGCCCCCGACACCACGCCGCCGCGUAGUCCAGCACCAGAGAACAAAACGGACGCCUCGACUUCAGCAUCCUCCGGUGUCCUGUCCCACGCCGCCGCCUUCGACGGCCGCCUUGCUCUCGUCGAAGCAGCAAUGGGCAUCUCCAGCUCCUCGAACCCCUUCGUCGCAGACGGAAACUCCGAACCCUCCCUCCAACCCGUCCUCCCCGCUUUGGACCACCUCACCUCGCGCCUCUCCACCCUUACAACCCUCUUCAUCGGGCCCGCACCUGCCUCCGCCGUCCCAACUAUGAGCUCCGCCCCUCCCUCCACAACCGUCUCAACACCGAACCUGGAAGCCCUUUCCACACGGGUCCGUAAACUGACCACAGACGCCGAGGCACUGGCAUCAGCGCGCAAGCGAGCCCUCGACGCCGCCAAAGCUGCCCAAACGGCAAAGGUCGCUCCCGCCUCCGUUGAACCAUCAGAUAUGUCCGUCUCCUCGUCAUCAGCAACAGAAGUUGACCCCGUCGCCACCCAGCGCGACGAACAGGCUACCAAGAUUCAAGCCCUCUACGCUACCCUCCCCACUAUCCAAUCUCUGCAUCCCCUCCUCCCGAGCGUGCUGGAGCGGCUUCGAUCCCUCCGUGCUAUCCAUGCGGGAUCUGCGCAGGCUGCGGAGUCGCUUGACGAGUUGGAACGCCGCCAAGGGGAGAUGAAGAAGGAGAUUGAGCAGUGGCGUGAGGGGCUUAGGGUUGUUGAGGAGAGAAUGGGACAGGGUGAGGCUGCUAUGAAGAGUAAUAUCGAGCUGGUUGAGCCUUGGGUGAGAGAUUUGGAGAAGAGGUUGGAUAAAUUGAAGGGGAGCGGUGUGUGA